AUGGCUGCCGCUCAGCAAACGCCCACCUUCAAGCUCGUCCUUGUUGGCGAUGGUGGUACUGGAAAGACCACCUUCGUCAAGCGCCACUUGACUGGUGAAUUCGAGAAGAAGUACAUGGCUACCCUGGGUGUCGAGGUUCACCCUCUGGGUUUCACCACGAACUUCGGUCAGAUUCAGUUCGACGUCUGGGAUACCGCCGGCCAGGAGAAGUUUGGCGGUCUCCGUGAUGGAUACUACAUCAACGGCCAGUGCGGUAUCAUCAUGUUUGAUGUCACCUCCCGUAUCACCUACAAGAACGUCCCCAACUGGCACCGCGAUCUCGUCCGCGUUUGCGAGAACAUCCCCAUUGUCCUCUGUGGCAACAAGGUCGACGUGAAGGAGCGCAAGGUCAAGGCCAAGACCAUCACCUUCCACCGCAAGAAGAACCUCCAGUAUUACGAUAUUUCCGCCAAGUCUAACUACAACUUCGAGAAGCCCUUCCUCUGGCUCGCGCGCAAGCUUGUCGGCAACCCUGCUCUGGAAUUUGUUGCCGCGCCGGCUCUCGCCCCCCCUACCGCCCAGGUUGACGAGAAGCUUCUGGAGCAGUACCGCAAGGAGAUGGACGAGGCUGCCAACAUGCCCCUGCCCGGUGAGCUUUCGGACGAGGAUCUGUAA